AUGGGUGGUUAUGCAUUAGAGACAGACCCGCUUGUUAAGGAUAAGUUGGAGCUUCUCCGGCUCUAUUUCCCACUGUUUGACCAGGAGGUGCUCAAGGAGGUGUUGGGGACGUGUAAUGGGUCGGUAGACCAGACCAAGUUGCUUAUUAAUGGCAGGUCAGGAGAGAAGGGGAAUCUUUAUCAGACGUCGAUAGUGAAGAAUGAAGUACGUCGACCAAUUAGCCAGAAGAAGGUGGUUACUCUCAACACGCCGGAAGAAAUUGAUAAGACAUUGGGUAAAUACGUUUGUUUAAAGCGAAAUUUUUUACCUAAGGAUUUUUUAGAAAUUUUGAUUUUGCAUUUAGAGUCGAUUAAACAUCGGACGAAACCGAAUGAAUUCUACUUAUUUGAACAGAAAUGUAAAGCCAAUCAUUCAUCAUUGUUAUUGUAUAAAGAAGAAAUCAAACUACCCAUAGUUUAUAAUGGAUUGAAUAUUUCUAAAACUCAGAAUAAAUUUGAUUCAAAUUUGAUGGUUGUAUCUAAUUUGAUAAAUGAUUUCAUAAACGAUGAAAUCAUACCCAAUUCAACAAAAUUGCCAUAUCAGCAACCUAAAUUUGAUUCAAAUGCUUGUGUUGUCAAUUACUAUUCAAAUAAUUCAAAUAAUUUAGAUUGGCACUCCGAUAGAUUAUCCCAUAUUGGGCCUCAUAACUUCAUUGCAUCAUUAUCUUUAGGUCUGACUAGAUAUUUCAGAUUGAGAAAAAAUUAUACUGAUAAAACGAUUUAUCAAAUACCUUUACCUAAUAAUUGUUUACUAAUUAUGAAACCUGGUUGUCAAGAAGAAUUUAAACAUUGCGUUCAACCAAUUAAUCGUUCUUUACAAUUACAUCCAACUCUUGGAACUGCAAGAUUUAAUCUAACCUUCAGGUAUUAUCCUCCUAGCUUCAUUAAAAACUUACCGAUAUGUAAAUGUGAUUUAACAAUGACUUUGAGAAGAAGUUAUAAAACCUUAGCAAACAGAGGUAAAUAUUUUUGGAGUUGUGAAAAUAAGUAUCAAAAUAAAGAUUGUGGUACUUUCCACUGGGCUAACUUCAAUAAUAAAAGUUUAAUUGCUGAUAAUAAUGACAAUAUCUCUUGUUGGAUUGCAAAUGACGAUUUUGAAAAAUUAAAUCAUUUAAAAAAUUCGCAACCAAUUUCUCAAAACCUACAAUAG